UGGCGGCUGUUGCUUCGUCAACUCCUCGCCGUUUUACAAAAAGGGAAGGUGUAGUUAGCUUAAUGGCUCCCCGUAUCGCUGACGUCUAUUGACGCGUUACUAUGGAGGAAGUACAGCAGGGCAGCAAUGCCACAGAGUCACAGACUGCUACCAUUCCCACUACCAUCACAUCCUCUCAGUUCUCACAGAUAGCACAACAGAUGUCACUGGGUGGUUCUUCUGUUGCUGUUCUACAACUGCCAGGGGGUCAGUUUCAGGUUCAAGGAGUGAUCCAGUCUGCACAGCCAUCAGUCAUUCAGUCUCCUCAGGUGCAGACUGCACAGGCCCAAGGUACAGACAGUGAAGAUUCACAAGACUCAUCAGACAGUGGAGUAGCAGCCCAAAAGACCAGAGAAAUACUGGCAAGACGGCCUUCGUACAGAAAAAUCCUAAAUGAGCUGUCAUCUGAAGAAAUGGCACACACUGAGGGAAAGGAUAGCAGCCCGGCGUCCACUGGAGUGACAGGUGUUACAGUACCCACCACCCAAAUCUACCAGACCAACAGCGGCCAGUACAUUACCAUAGCACCUAAUGGCGCAAUCCAACUGGCGACUCCGGGGUCUGAAGCCAUUCAGGGACUACAGGCAGUCACCAUGGCCAGUUCUGGCGGAGCCCAGCCAAGCACCACCAUCCUUCAGUAUGCCCAGACACCUGACGGACAGCAAAUACUGGUGCCUAGCAACCAGGUUGUUGUACAAGGUGCAGGAGGAGAGGUGCAGACAUACCAGAUCCGCACAGCACCCACGUCCAGCUCUCUGCCUCAAACCGUAGUCAUGUCUUCUUCUGUGGGACUUUCUCAGGGUAAGAGUGAUGAUCCAACAAUGAAGAGAGAAAUCAGGCUUGCAAAAAAUAGAGAGGCAGCCCGUGAAUGUCGACGGAAGAAAAAGGAAUAUGUUAAAUGCCUGGAAAACCGUGUAGCUGUUCUUGAGAACCAAAACAAGACCCUGAUUGAAGAACUCAAAACAUUAAAGGACCUUUAUUGCGUUAAAACGGGUUGAGAAGGAUUGGGACAAAGUGGCAGUGUCACAGCUCAGCCAUUUGGACAUGACAGGGUUUCUGGGAACACUUCUUCAUUUCAGGCUGAGGUCCUCCAUUCUUUUUUACUCUGAUAUUAAAGUGGCUGAACAAACAAAAGAAGUAGGCCAUUUUUUCAACCUGCUGUUUUUUUUUAAGUGCUAAUGCUAUAACAUUUAUAGUUGUACAUUUUAAUACUGGGAGAUUUGAAAUUGUGAGCUUUAACUUUGAGUCUUAGUUUCUAAAUGUAUCCCUUUCCUCUUCUUUUUUAUGUUGCUGUUAGAUUUUUUUGAAAUCUAACAGGAUCUACACAAUUAUGCCUGUAUAAUUACUACACAAACGUAAUUCCUGCUUAUCUUGUGAACCAGCACUUCCCCUCAAUUCCCAAUAAGGAGAUGUUACAAUUGUCAUUCCUGAUUUUUGUGCAAUGGAAUAUAAAGUGUAACAAGAGAUGA